AUGGCAACGUCUCCGGAGCACGACGAGAGCAUCUCAGAGCUGCUUACAGACUUAGAGAAUGCCGCAAAGGUUCCAGCAAAGGUUCGAGCAAGCAAAAUAUCGAGUAGGGUAGACAAAGUCUGCUCGAAAGCAUACGAAGAAGGCUUUUCCAGCGCGUCUCUUGGUAGGGUUAUCGAUAUUAUCACCAUCCCCAAUGAGCUAGACCAAGCAAGCAUAAAUAGCUUGAUCAGAAAUCUCUAUCCCGCUGGCAAGGUCUCGGAUAGCAUUGUAACCAAAGUCGUUGCCAGCCUGGGUCAUGGAAGGGCUAAGCCGUCGUACAAUGCUCAGGCAGCGCUGUUGAAGUGGCUGGUCAUGGUCUAUGAUGUCCUCGAGAAUCCGAAAGUAUUAUCUCAGCUUUAUGGUAUUCUCUUCAACCUUCUCGACACAAUUGCAAUACGGUCACAUCUGUGUCACGUGCUAUCUCUUAUAACUCGACGAAAACAUGUACGGCCAUAUCGGAUCCAGAUCUUGAUGGAGUUGACUCGGCAAGCUGGGAAUGAACCGCCACUCGUGGGACUGAUGAGAGUUUUCAAAGACUACUACCCGGAUGUGAUUGUUGGCGAUGUGACAUCUGGACGAGCAUCUGUGUUUACGCACCCGAAUCAUGAAUGGCGGCAGCGACUUGGGGAGAUUCAGACAGUCCACUUUCAGAAGACACAGGAUGGUUUACCGCUGGAGCAACGGACUUUUAGAGCCAAUAGAAGAGGGACAAGGCAGACCAAAUCUUCAGUGGUACCAGAAGUGCAUACUUCACGUGCUCAAGAAUCUUCUGUCACUCUGGAAGAGAUCGAAGACGUACAUGACUUUGUUCAACGUCUCGAGAAGAUUGAACCUCCCAAUCAACUGGUUGCAGUGAUUCAGGAUUCUCUUUUGCAGAAGUUCUUGCAAUUAAGAUCAUCCGAGGUCUAUGCGAGACGAGUCGACAGUUGGCUGAUGGCCUUCUUUGAGGACCAAUUGGAGGCUGCCGACACUUCUGAGAUCAAGAUCCUAGAAAUGCUGGUUUCCAUCCAAGCAUAUACGCAUUAUACCAAGAAACUACCACCGACAUGUUCAGCAUAUCUAAACUCAAUGAUCACCUCCUGGAAUGGUGUUGUGGGCCGUCAAAUCAUACUUGAUCUUUUGUCAUACACCCCUCUUGGGCCAUUCCAAGAUCUAUACUAUUCUAUCUUCCAAGCAAUGGAGGAAGCUCUUCUAGAUGACGAAGCCGAGCAGUCAAAGCUGGAUCUCCUGACAUUCUAUAAUAAGCUGCUCAACAACUGGGCGGUAGCCGUCCUAAUAGACCCUCAACUUUCACCUACGGCAAAAGAAUCCAUUUCCGCAUUAAUAAAACACGUCGAUACCCUCGCCCUCAGUAUCGUCCAAAGCUCACAAAGCAUCACUACACUCUCCACAGUCCUCACCUUCUACGAAUCCAUCGCCUUCAUAAUCACCCAGCCAUCCCUAAACGAAACAGUCCGUAUAAUCAUCCCGCCGACCGAACUCAUCUACACCCUACAUUUCACCCCCUCCCUCACCAUCCUUAGCCGUCUCUGCGGAAUCCUCGCACUCUACAAACGCGCCUUCGAGAUGGCCAUAGGCCCAAAGGCCUCGGUCAGCAAAGGUGCACAAAGCUACCCAAAAGACUAUAUCAAUCGUUUCAAUGGAUUUCUUAUGGAUAUCUGUAAUUGUAUCUGGCGAAGUCGCGCCUUCAACACCGCAGAUAUGAACGCGCUCGGGUGUGAUCUGCAUCCAGACAUCGCACAAGUCCUCGACACAUACGUGAGGAGUCUCGGCAAGAACUUGACUCUUAUGUCGCUCUUUAGUUUGUCCUUCUCGCCCGUGUUAUGCUUACUCUCGAUAUCUUAUGUGAGAGAUUUGGAAGAUGCUGCCGGGGAGGAGAUUGAGGUCCGCCAUGCGGGCCCGGUCACGAUGCAAAGUCUGAAACUAUUGGAGAAGGAUGGGGGGCUGAAGUAUAAUUGGGCGGAUUAUAGGUUGGGGUUUUUGCAUUAUUUGGAUAAGAAAGGGGUCAUGGGGGUAGGGGAGUUGAUGUAUAAUACGAUGAAGCAGCUUAUGCCUGCGAAGAAACCAUAG